AUGAGCCAGCAGCCUAUUACCUUGUCGAUUGACUACGCCAAGAAGACUACGUCUGGAAACUGGACCUGGACCUUCAAGAACACCUAUGACUGGACCGGACUUGUUCCUGGAAGUCGGCUUCACCCUCCUUACGGAGCCUUCGAAAUGAUCAAGUUGAAAACGACAAAACCUCUUGGUUCAGUUACGAAUAAUUCACUGGAUCUUGGUCUUACAUUAGACAGCGCAGACUUUACCCUGACAUUAUCGGCUGACUCAGCGCCCCACUGGUACGAUAUCUAUUGGAGUGACAGCUUGCCCUUUGAAAUUGAAGACGGGGCUGUCAAAAUUAGUGAGGUCGAUGUCAAAAUCCCAGACGUUAACUUCUUCUGCGCCACCAAUGUACUUGCUCCUGGACAGAAUAUUGUACAGGUAGACGCUACCAUGGGAUUGAUCACUCCUUACGAUUGCGUUUUGGUUGGCCAAGUUUCUCCUCCCACGCCUCAGUCCAUACAGGGCUUCCUAGGACAGAUCCUUGGGGGCUUUAUCAACAAAGACCAAAAUAGCAUUGUGCAGACAGUUACCUCGCACGGAUAUGAGAUUGAAGCUAUCGACUUUGAUCAACUGGACACCCUAUAUACACCCGGCCAAACCUUUGACGUGCGAAUUCUCGGCGGCGACUACCAGAUUAAUGAGCCAAACAUCGGACUAUCUACGAUUGCAAUUAACCCUAUCAGUGCCGACACCGUUCAAGGGAUCGGUCAGAGUGUUGAUCAAUCCACGGGAAGCAUUUCGUUCAAAACCAAUGGAGGCACCAAUUGUUACCUGAUGACGUUUGCACGCCAACAACCCGCUAGUGACUCCCAGCAACCGACGACCACUAUCAGCGGCUUCACGUGGCCUGCAAAAGACCCAACCCAAAAGACACCUUUCUCUGGUCAGCAGUUCUAUCCACUCGUCCAAGAUAGUCUAAGCAGCGACCUGGUCAUUCUUAGCAAUGAUCCUAAUCAAGACUGGUGGGAAUCUACAUCAGCUACGAAAAUGAUGUUCGCCAUCGGUGUCGGCCUUGCAUUUGUGCCGGUUCAGAAUUUAUUAGGAUACAUCUUUUCUUGGGCCAAGACCAAAGUGUUUCCAGAAAACCAGCAUGACCAAGUUCUUAAGUUCCAGGAAUUGUACAAGGCGGCCACUUUGAAGGUUGCCAAUGCGGAGGCUCGGAAAUUAGACUUUCCAGUAGCCGAUGCCGCUAACCUGGCUUCGCAAGCUGCCACAGAUUACUUGAACGAACAGACUAGCGUGAGCGAUAAACAGACACUUGAGGCUGGAGCUCGGGCAGCCAUCAAUCAGGCUACACAGCGCGCUAUCAAUGAAACGAUUGGUCCCCAGAUCCGCAACACAAUCGCUGGAUAUACCGCUCUCAUCAAAGAUGCGUCUAUGACUAUCGUAGACGGGGCGUGCCUCAGCAGGUUCGAUGCGAUCUUUGGCGGAAAACGGUCUGCACUAAUCGCUACCUACGUGGAGAAAGCAGUGGCGGCGUUGAUCACGCAGCGUGCGGCACAGGAGAACAAAGCUCGCAUCGGCCAAUUGGCGAAACAGAUUCAGGAGGGAAACGAAAACACUAAGCAAUUUCGUAAUCAGGCCAUAGCCGCGAAGGAGGCGCUUGAACAGGAAGAGAAGACAACCGACGACCCAGCACAGCUGAAACCUCUCCAAGACAAACUCACUGAAGCGGAGAAUCGGCUGAAGGAAGAAGAACAAAGUGUUGUAACGGCCGAAUCACAGCAAAAAGAAGCUACAAGCAAUCAGGAGGGACUAGAGAAAGAUCAAGAAGAGGCAGAUAGUGCUCGCGAUCAAGCGCACGGAGAAGCAUACAAUACUUAA